UGCAGCGUGAGGUUCGGUCCGGUUCUGGGUUCUGUUUGGCUGCAGGUUCGGUCUGCAGGGUCCAAUAGCUGCAUGCUCCAUCAGCGGACUGCAAGUCCCAGAAUCCUUUGCGGGAAUCCUGGGAAAGUUUUCCGGAUCCAGGAUGAGAUUCUGAAGGAGCGAGGCGUUUCCGGUUCUGAUCUCUGGUCCAAACUGUCAGCUCGGCUCCUAAAGAGGUCCGGGUUACCAUGACAACCAACCAGAGGCCAGCCGAGCCGACAUGCUCCGUCCAGCUGCAGAGCACGGUGGAGGCUCCCGCAUGGUGUGGGGUUGAGUUAAUGCAGCGCCACCUGGAGGCUCCGGGCAGCAUGACGGCACUUCUUCUUCUCUGACAUGUUUGUUUCUUCUCCAGGUGAUUUGAUCAGUCCAUUGAUUGAUGAUUGGCAGCUCAUCAGCUGAUUGGCUCAUGGUAACAACCAAUGAGCAUGGACUCUGAGGCCACGCCCCCAAACCGCAGGACUCAUCCCAAUUGGCCAUGGUAGCAGAGGGGACGCCUUAUCCUAAGAUGGAGCAAUUGGAUGAGCUGAGCUUAGGGGCGGGGCUUGAAGUGGCAGAGGAAGCAGGAUGUGGUGAGGAGGAGGAGCUCUGUGACCAGCCUGAACCGGCUGUGGAGGACGCUCCGCCGGACGCCGUAACGAUGGAACAGUGCUGGAGGCAGCAGUUCCCGGACCUCCGGCGCUGCUCGGUCGUCCUCCUCAGGCUUCCUGCGGAGACGCUGCGGCCCUGGCGGUGGGGCGGAGCGGAGAGGAGGCGGAGCCAGCGCGUCAGGUCACGUGACCUGCGGUCCGGCUGGGACUGGAUGGAGCCGCUGGACCCAGAGAACGGCGGCGUCGGAACCCGAGCCUUCAUCAAGAACGUGGAGGUGAACGCCCCUGAACAUGAGCCUGGGAAACCCCAGAGCCGGCUGAGGCUGAUGCGAUGCCUGGAGCCGCCCUCUGACCCCGCCCACCCAGAUGACGGUGCCGCCCUGGGUGAGCCGCCACAGAGCGACCACACCUACUGCCUGAGCUUCAAUACACCUGAGAGCAGCAGCCAAUCACUGGAGGACAGGCCGCUGUCCCGGUUCUUCAGCUGGGCACAAAGAGACGGAGACAGCCGCUGCUCACCUCCAGAGAAGAAGAACGUGCCGAGUGUGGUGCUGAGGAAGGUGACAGGUGAUCAGUGGGUCCUCAGGACUGGAUCUGUUAAAGAAGAGGAAGAGGAGGAUGAAGAGAAGGUUCAGACGAAGAACAGGAAGAGAGACGAGACUUCAGCAUCAGGACAGAAGAUGCGCCGCCAGGCCUGCCGUAGCUGCGCUGCGUGCCUGAGAGAGAACUGCGGCGUUUGCACGUUCUGCCGCGACAUGAGGAAGUUCGGCGGUCCGUCCCGCAUGAAGCAGAAGUGUGUGAGGCGGCGCUGCCUGCUGCUGAGCGCGCGGAAACAGCCGACCAGGCAGCAGAACCGACCCGGGGAGCAGACGGAACCGCCCGACCCGGUCCGACCUGGAGACGACACCGACUGUCCGGACGCCCAGCAGGACGGCGUCCGCCGCUGGAGACACGAGAGGACGGCAGGAAGGCGAGAGGAGAUGAGGAAGAGGAUGUGGAUGAAGAGGAGGCGGGGCCAGAGGGGCGGAGCCUCCGAGACCCGGAACGGCUGGAUCGGUCCGCUGAUGAAGAGCGAGGAAGAGGAGACGCCAUUGUCCCACUGGCGCCAGGUCACUGGAGGCAGUGGGACCAGUUCAGCUCCAACUGGGACUCACCUGCAGUGGAACCUGACCCUGGACAGCGGCCACCUGUCCUCCGCCGUCCUCUCUGACUCCGCCCUCACCUGUCUGUCCGGCCUGCUGCCUCCGGACGGAUCCGUCCUCCACGUCUCCACAGGCCUCACCUUCAUCCCUCAUCCUCUCCCUCACCUCGCUGCCAUCCAAUCGCCCGAGCCGAAGGAGGAGGAGCAGCCAAUCAGCGUCGAGCAUUACGUCAGGGAGGCGGAGCUUCGGACCGGGACGUCUGAGGGGGGCAAGUUCUACGAAGUGGAGGUGGAGCUGCCGGACCCUGAGUCCGACCAGAACACCAUGACAACAUCAUCACCGGCGCGCUCUGACAUCACUGCUGACAUCACCGCUGACAUCACUACUGACAUCACCUGCAGGCGGCCGGACUUUAUUUCAUUGGAACCGCAGGGGUUCUGCCUGUUGGGGGGCGGAGCCAGCCGCGCAGGGGGGCGGGGCUUGUUCCAUCUGCUGAAGUUGCUGAGGAGGACGGUGCUGCCGGCGCAUUGGGUCGCCGUGAUGGCUGCAGGACCGGAGCUGCAGCUGCUGCAGUGCUGCAGGCUGUCCUCCAUGAGGGACGCCAUCGUCCACGUCCAAUCGGAUCGCAGCUUCCGGGUCAGCGUGCGGUCCCUUCCGCUGCCUGACGGCCACCGCCUCUACAGGAAGUGCGCUCACAGAGUCUCUCACCUGAGCCAGCUGGUGUCUCUGCUGCUGGAUCUGGAGCGACUUGCUGUCUGCCGUGGCUGCAGGGUUCAGGCGGCGUCCCGUCGGCUGCCGCUCCGCUCCGCAGACUGCCACCUGCUGGUGGCUCCGCCCUUCCACACCUGCCUGCCGUGCCUGCUGGAGGAGGAGGAAGAGGAGGGUGAAGAUGAAGAUGGAGCCAUGGUGGAGGAGUUCCAGUCUUGUUAAAGUGCCUCACCAUGUUGGGCUGGGGCUUCUGGGUAAUGGAGUCCAUCAGCUCCAAACGUUUCUACCUCAGGUUUUUACUACUGAACAGUUCAUCAGAACCGAGUCCGGACCGGACCGGACCGCUGUGUGUUUCUGAAUGUUACUGAAUUUCUGAAACAUUCAUAAACUCUGAAUGUUUCUGUUGGUCCUAAAGAGAUUUUUCUACU